AUGCCAGAGGAGACGCCCCCGAUCACAUCCAACACGGCCACGGUCGCCGCGGAAGCCUCCGAGACCAUGCUGUUGACGGCACACACGGCGGCGCUGCGGCCGCCGUUGUGCUUGCUGCCCGAGUCGCCCGCCACCAUCGCAUCCGUGUCGCCGACGGCGGAGACGUUUCCGACCAGGUCCAUCAAGACCAUGAUUGGGGGAAUGCCGAUGCCCCCAACUCUCCUCACGGCAUUGCCGCCGGGUGUGGCUGUCAACCACGUUCAGCUGCGAGACGCCGAGAUUCCGCUACAGGACCCCGAGAUGGAGCGUCGGAGGCGGCACUGGACGACUGCCCACUAG